AUGAUCAAUAAGUAUUCUCUCAAUGAUAGAGUCUCCACAAUUGACAACUAUUUGGGCACCAUUAGGUAUAUUGGUAACCUACCUGUUUGGGGAACAAACACUGUUGCAUUAGGAAUUGAAUGGGACGAUCCUAGCAGAGGCAAAAAUAAUGGUGAUUUAAACGGAAUCCAAUACUUCACCCCCAAGGUUACUGGCUCGGGGACAUUCAUAAAAUCAUCCAAUCGGUCUUUAAACCAUAUUCGAAAAUCUUUUGUUCAGAUCAUACACGAAAACUAUUUGGAUACUGAAUAUAAAACGAAGAAUAUUCAGUUUGGAAUCAAAACUGUGGAAGAACUUGGAUGGGACAAGUUAAACAAAUUUCAUUCCAACUUGAGAAACCUAGAUUCAUUAACAUUGGACUAUUGCUUGAUAAAUAUUGCUUACCAUGAUAAUGAAGACAAGCAAUUGUUCGAUGAACUUGUCAAUUUAACCAAUUUAGAACUAAGUUGUAACUUAUUUACUGAUGUAAAUGAAAUAUGCAAAAUAAUUGACAAUAUUCCCAGUUUGACUAGUCUUAACAUUAAUGGAAACAGAUUUAGUCAAUUUUCACAAGAACAAAGAACUCAUAAUGGUAUAGUUCUGCUAAAGUUAUCUUCAACAAUGAUGUCAACCCUGAUGCUAGAGAAGUUAAUUAAGAAAUUUCCCAACUUGAAAGAACUUUACAUUUCAGGGAACAAUUAUUGUAAUGCUGAUAUUGAAAAUAUGAAUCUCAAUAUGCCGCUAACGAUUUUGGAUUUGUCUUAUAAUAGACUAGAGCACAUGCCAAUUUUACCACUCGUGUCAGCAUUAAACUUGUCACAUAAUUAUUUAUCCUUACGAAUCAUUAAAGGCACUUUUCCCAACUUAAAGUCUUUGGACUUGAGGGCAAAUCAGAUAAAAGAUUGGACUGAAAUUGACAAAAUAUCCAUACAUUUACCCGAUUUAAAGGAACUAAGAAUUAACCACAACCCAUUAUUUCAAGAGUUGUCUGUGGAUGACAUGACGAUGCAGUUGAUAGGCCGUAUCAAAUGCUCCCCAGAACACUUAUGGAAAUUAAACGGUAGCUUUUUAACAAAUGAAGAGAUAGAGAAUUCAGAACUCUACUUUAUCUCAAAAGUGGAACAAGGAAAAUACCACAUAGAUAAUGAACAACAAUGGUCAUAUUUGCUUUCAAAAUAUAAUAAACUAGUUGAAUCUAGGGUGUCUUACACUUACACAUUAAAGGACUGGAUGCCCUUAACUAUAGUAUUGCCAGAUUCUAAAGAGAUUUCUAAAAAAUUCACGAAAAAUACGUCUAUUCUUCAAUUCAAAGGGUUGUUAUCCCUGUGGAUGAACGAUUUGUCCAUACUAAAAUUCUCUGCCUACUACUACACUAACGAAAACUCGACAUUUGCAGAAAAGCACGAGUUAACAAACUAUUUAAGUACAUUAGAUAGUUAUUCAUUACUGUACGACCAAAGAAUUUAUAUUUCUAUAGAGGCAUCAAUAUAA